AUGUCCAACGACCUCUGGGUUUCUCUCAUCUCCACCAUUGACCCGAGUCCCGACGCCAUGUCUGCUGUACUCCAGUCUACCAUCCACCUCCUCGAGUCUGAGCUCGUCAAAGCUCGCGCCGCUCUCCAGGAGAUCCAACCCCAUGCGCCACUUUUUCGCAUCGGCGAUGAUGUCUCCGUUGGCGCAAUGGAGGCCUAUCGCCAGAACCUCAUCGGUCGAGCCCCCGACUUCUACGGCGCACGACGUCUGACCCCGAAGGAAUUGGGCUUCGAGCCCAUGGUGCGCGAGCUGACUCCCAUGGAAAUUAUCCCAACGCCAGCGCCUAUUGCGCAACCAGCACCCGCACCACCGCGCCAAGCACCACUCGAGGAGAUGUUAACCAACAGCCUGAUUCUCGACCACAUGGCUCCAUACCUUUCCGUCCCAUCUAUGAUGGCAUUGGCUUCAUCCUCGCGCCUUCUCCAUAAUAUGAUCACACAUACACCAUACCUCUUCCGCCACCUCGAUCUGACCCGCUGCAAAGGCGCACAGCUUCGAGACGCUACAAAACAUGAAAAUGACACUCAGACCGAAGAUGAAUUCUACUCAAGGCCAUUACGACGCAUCUUCACCAGUCUAGAGAGAAGAUCUCUACUACAAGACGUGCGCACGCUCGUCUUGGACGGUCUCUCCGUGCCAGCCGAUCUAGUCGCAGAAAUCAUCCUGAACGACCGAUUUAACGUCAACAUCCUAUCGAUCCGCGAAUGCCGCAAUCUCAACGAACGCAAGCUGAUGCAAACUAUCCAAUACGCCGUUCGCCCCACCCGUCCAGAGGGCACACCCCGAGUCAAAGGAAUCUACCAUUUCUCCCCCAGACACACAGCCCCGCGCCCUGUCGUCCGCAGACGCAGAUACAGAGACUGGUGGAGUGACCGCGUGGGAAACUCUCAAAGUCCCAGCGAGUCAUCAUCAAACAAUUCCUCCGAAGCCGAAGAAGAAGACUCCCCAAUCCUAAAACACCAGCAGAACGAAUGGUACGCACCAACCGGCCGACUGUUCAAGCACAGCAUAGAAGAAGGCUGGGCAACAACGAUCCAGAAAUGCGAAGGUAUAAUCGCCUUCGACGCAGUCCUCUGCCGAGGCUCUCGCCACAACCCCAACAACUACACAACAGAAAACGAAGCUCAAAACACUCCGCCAACCCCAACUCCACCCGCACCCGCACUCGCACCCGCACCCGCACCAGAAGCACCCAUGCUCGGCCCCGCAGUAGCGACCGUUGCACUAGGCCCACGCGGCUGCAACGGUUGCCACAGUUCCCCCGAAGGCCCAGCAAUCUGGGGCCAAAGUCCAGACACCCACUUCCCGCUUCUGGGCCCAGUCCCAAUGCACCAGUCCAGUAUCCCCUUCGCCAAGAGUCCUGAGCUACGCAUUCCGGGCAAACACCCUGUGCUCAUCGCGCGGUGUGCGGAUUGUCUUACGGAUCGCUGGUGUCACCGGUGCAACAAGUGGUUCUGCGAGAACUGUCUUGAGAAUCCGCAGCACGUUAGGGCGAAUUUGUCGCCGCAUCAGACGGCGGUAAGGCAGCCAGGUUCAAGUUCGACGCAUGUAUGUAUCAACUCUACUUCCCGUUUAAGCGAGAUCGCAGUGCACUGA